AUGGAAUUUUUUAAAUUCGCUUUGGAAAAUAAUAGUGAAGGGCGUGAUAAAUUGCCAUGUCCUUGUUACAUCUGCCAUAAUCUUAUGUAUCACAAAGCUGAUGUGAUACUUAAUCAUUUGAGUAAAAGGCAAUUUGAUAGAACAUAUACUUGUUGGCAUCGUCAUGUUGAGAAAAGGGAAGAAAUUUCAAGCAAGGAUGCUCAAGGCCAUAAUACCGAUGAGGGUAACGAAUUAGAGGACAUGACGAGUCAAUUCGUACACAGAGUAGAUGAUGAUCUCAAUGUGACGGAAGAAAUGUUGAGUGAUUCUGAGAAGCCUUUAUAUGAAGGGUGUAAGUACACAAAGCUAUCAGCUUCACUUAAGCUAUACAGUUUGAAGGAGGGUCAUAGUUGGACAGAUAAGAGUUUUACAACAUUACUUGAGUUCUUGAUAGAUGUCCUUCCAUCUGAUAAUGUUUUUCCAAAGAAUACAUACAGGGCAAAAAAAAACAUUAUGUACAAUGGGUUCAAACUGAUGUAUUCAGACCCGGUAGAUGUAGAGAAGUUGACAUGGCAUAAAUUUGGUCUGAAAAAGGAUGGGUUACUUAGACACCCGGCUGACUCACCGCAAUGGAGAUUUAUUAAUGGACAAUUCCCUGAAUUUGGUAGUGAAGAACGAAACCUACACCUUGGGUUGUCUACUGAUGGAAAUGACAUCGAUGUGUAUUUGGCACCUCUCAUAGACGACUUAAAGUUGUUGUGGGAAGAAGGUGUAGAAGUGUUUGAUGCUAAUCGAAAUGAAAUGUUCAAUUUAAGAGCAAUGUUAUUUUGCACCAUACAAGAUUAUCCAGCAUAUGGUAAUCUUUCUAGCUAUUAUGUAAAAGGGGAAGGUGGUUGUCCUAUAUGUGAAGAUGGUUGGAAAGGUAAAUGGUUAUCGGCAUCUAGAAAGACGGUCUACUAUGAUCAUCGUCCAUUUAUUCCUUUGGAUCAUAAAUAUUAUGCAUAUCGAAAAGAAUGUGUUGAUAGUUUGAUUGGCACACUAUUGAAUAUCUCUGGGAAGACAAAAGACGGUGUUAAUGCUCGACUUGACUUGAAGGAAAUGAAUAUGAGAAAUGAGCUCAAUGCCGUUGAAACUGGAAAACGGGACUAUUUUCCACUUGCUGCUUAUACACUGUCUAAGAAGGAGAAAGUUGAGCUUUGUGCAUCCUUAGCCGGAGUUUAA